CUGACGAGAAGAAGAAGACAGAAAAUUCUUGACUAGUUAAAUGUGGUUAAAAUUUAUAAUACGAAGCGUUACAGGUGUGUGAGUUACAGACUGGAAUUCUAUGUUAUGAGUAUGAGUAAUGCGCUAUAAUCUCAUGCCUACGGAUUUAACGUUGAGCAUUUUUCUUCUUUCCGGAAACAAGCUUCAGGUUGGUUGCUUGUCUUUUAGGCAGCCAUACGCUGGUCUUGUGUUGAAUGGCGUGAAAUCUAUAGAGACACGGUGGCGACCCCUGCUGGCAGAGAUGAAGAACUCCACGCUGGCCAUCCACAUUGCCCAGAAAGACUGGGAAGGAGACGACUGGAGACAUGUCCUCACGGAGAGAUUUGGAAUGACACAGUCUGAAGUAGAAGAGCUUCUGGAAUCUGGGGAGAGAUUUGGCCGUGGUGUUGUGGCAGGUCUUGUGGAUGUUGGGGAAACUUGGCUCUGUUCUGAGGAUGUCCCUUCAGAGCGGAUGAGAGAGCUGGAAAAAGCAGCUUGCCUGACUGGACUUGGUCAAAAAUACCUCACAAAACUGUUCAAACCGCGCUGGCUCACAGAGCCACUGUAUUCCAGAGGCCAUAAAGACAUGUGGAUGGUAAGGAUCCCAGCACAUCUGCUUUCCUCUGAUCCUGUGGUUGAGGAAUUAUAGCAGUCACUGAGAUUAGCAGUGCUGUCAAAUUUACUUUCUGCCUUCUGAUCCUGUGAUGAAGUGUUUUAACUGAUCACUGUUCUUUUGCCUAUAACAGUCAUACUUUUUCUCCUCUGGCACCAAAUGUCAUUACUUUACUGGCAGUCAUUUAUGAACCCCUUUUCACUCAUUCAUACACAACAUGUCAAAAAAACAUUGCUUUAAAAUAUUUAUGGAAUGGUGCUGAUUUAUUUUGGCUGACAUUUUGAGAAAUGCAGAAAAUGAUUAUAAUGACCCUUAAUGAAUCACUUUUAAAAUGUAAAUUGUUGUUCUCAUUUUUUAUUAGAAAUGUGUAAUAAAAAUUAAAUAAACAUCAAUACUCGGUUUGUAUUUGUAAAGAGGACUUGUAUAAGGAUAAAAAAUAGUUGUUGACACUAUAACAUUCAUUUUGGAUGUGUGGGGACAUAGCUAAUGUGAGUAUCUUAGGCAGUUUUAAGAUGGAGAAAGAUGUCUAUUUGAAAUA